AUGGUCAGUCACGACAUCCUGUUGGCUAUCCUAUCCCACCUUAUGGUCUCUGGCGAGUCACUGGAGUGGUUCUCUUCUUAUCUUCGGGAGCGUCAGCAGGCGGUCAAGCACGGUGAUAAUUCAUCUAACUGGCGCGAAUUAAAGGCUGGCGUUCCUCAAGGCGUGUGCAUCGUGAACGCGACGGGAUCGCACGCGUUUAUAUUUGAACACUCGUACCUACCUACUGUGACUAUGGAGUGGAACAAUAAAAAAGUUAUUACGUUUCUCGAGAUCCUACAAACAGAACCAUGUUUGUGGGAUCCGAGACUAAAAAAUUUCAAAAAUCGUGGAACGCAAAAAGAGGCUUGGCGCCGCAUAAUGGAAUUAUUACCGUUUAAAACCUCCAUAGAAGAAAUUAAAAAGAAAAAGGAAAGCCUAAUGGGCUAUUAUCGAUUCCAUUUAAAUAGAAUGAAAAAGUCUUUCAAGUCCGGAGCUGGAAAAGAUGACGGGUACAAAACAAAUUGGUUUGCAUUCGAAACGAUGGACAAUUUCCUACGAGAAGUAUACAAUAGUAGCUGCACAUUAAAUACAGAGAUGACCCACGAUGACACUAAGGCACAAAGUGAGGAAAGAAAUUAUACAGAAACAGAAGAAGUUUUGCAAAAUAAAGUAGAAGAUUAUGUAGAAAUAAGAAGUCGUCCAAGAGAAAAUAAAUCUCAAAAUUAUAAUAAAAAAAGACAAUUGACAGAUGAGUUGCCGCAAGAAAUCAAAGCAGCGCGACGUCUACUGGACGAAGCGUUUGACUUAAUUAAAGAGAAGAAAGAUGAUGAAUAUGAGAUGUUCGCAAGACUGCUUGUAAGUAAACUAAAAAAAAUAAAAAAUCCAAACACGCGUGAUAUUUUAAUGAAUGAUAUUCAGAAUUUAGUAUUUCGUGCUUGUAUGGCAGAUCGACUUGAGCAACAGUCUGCAAUACCUCAGUUUUCUACAUCCAUGUCUUCACAUCAAGCAUUCAGUCCAUCGACAUGCCAGUCGCCUCCGAAUCACUCCACAUCCCUACAUAUCUCCACACCAACAAGUAUUCAGUCCCCCACCAAAUCCUUCGACAUACCAGUCACCUCCACGCCGCUCCACAUCCCUGUCUCCACACCAUCAAGUUUUCAGUCCAUCGACAUACCAGUCACAUCCACGCCCCUCCACAUCCCUAUCUCCACACCAUCAAGUUUUCAGUCCAUCGACAUUCCAGUCACCUCCACGCCACUCCACAUCCCUGUCUCCACACCAUCAAGUAUUCAGUCCAUCGACAUACCAGUCACCUCCAAGCCACUCCACAUCCCUGUCUCUACACCAUGAAGCAUUCAGU